ACCCUGAUGAGUAAAUCCAAAUUAUAAUCCAACAACAUAUCUUUCUUAUGCCACCUCCAUCGACCGUCAUGGAUAUUACUUUCCAUCGGAACAGCCUCAUCCAUCUUCUCUCUCAGGUUAACCCCUUCUGGAUCCAAUUCUUUUACUUCCUCUCUUCCUCUAUCACCGGCUUCCUCCUCCUCAAGCUACUGCCUACGAGAGACGCGACGAGUAGGCCCACCAACGUCGACCUGCUCUUCAUGUCCGUGUCGGCCAACACGGUCUCAAGCAUGGACACCAUGGAGAUGGAGGUGUUCUCCAACUACCAGCUCGCAGUACUGACUCUUCUUAUGGUGAUCGGGGGAGAGGUGUUCAUCUCCAUGCUUAGUGUUCACUUCACCAAGAUCAACUCCCAGAUGAGGGAUUCUGCACUGGAUGCAGCCGGCACGGAACUCGCUACUCUCUCUGAUCAAAGACGGAGCUCGGACUUGAAAUUUAGCUCUAGAAAGCACCUGUUCUUCGUGGUGUUGGGGUAUCUCUUAGUAGGCCAUGUGGUUGGUUUCUUACUCAUCCUUGUUUACCUGAGACUUGUCCCGGAAGCCGGAGCUGUGCUUGAGAGAAAGGGUAUCAACGCGUCCCUGUUCUCCAUCUUCAUCACCGUCUCUACCUUCGCCAACUGCGGCUUCGUGCCCACCAAUGAGAACAUGGUUGUCUUCAGGACUUACUCCGGCCUCCUAUUGAUACUUACAGUGCAGGUACUCGUCGGAAACACGUUGUACGCCUCGUGCCUAUGGGCGGUCAUCUGGUUGUUGAAGAAGCUCACCAAGCGGCGGGAGUAUGAUUACCUGCUAACUAACUACGGGGAGAUGGAGUGCAAUCACUUGCUUCCUGGCUCUCACUCACUGUACUUGGCUCUCACCGUGGCUGGGCUUGUGCUAGUGCAGUUCGGACUGUUCUGCUGUAUGGAGUGGACGUCUGAGAUCUUGAGUGGGCUGAGCACGUAUCAGAAGGUCGUCGGCGUCGUCUUCCAGUGCGUGAACUCACGCUAUGCCGGAGAAACCAUCGUUGACCUCGCUGCUGUUGCUCCGGCCAUCUUGGUGCUGUUUGUGGUGAUGAUGUAUAUUCCUCCAUAUACAUGUUUUCUUCCUAGAAAAGGUGAUAAGCAGCUACUCAAAGGCAGGGAAAGAAGCAGGAAGAAGCAAGGCCUGAGUUUGAUCUUCUCGCCAUUGUCUUAUAUUGCCAUUUUUACCAUCAUUGCAUGCAUCACAGAGAGGAGACAGAUCUCUGAAGACCCGAUAAACUUCAGUGUCCUCAACAUUGUUGUUGAGGUUGUAAGCUCAAACUCAACACCAAGAUUGGAUCGCAGGGUCUCAGCUGAAAACAUCGGGCCAAAAGCGGCCAUGGCUUUUCUCAUAAAGCUCUACGGAUGCAUAUGGAACGGUUGGGUUCACAACGGGGUACAGCUGCAAGCGGCAAGUGAAGGCGGACGUACACUGCAAAGACGUGUCGGCUGGGUUCUCAGCGAAAUGGAGCAGCAAAGGGAAACUUGUGCUCAUCGUUGUCAUGUUAUUCGGCAGGUUGAAAAGGUUCAGCAUGAGAGGUGGCAAACAUUGGAAAUUUAUAUAAGUCUAAUCCAUGCAUGGAAGGAUUAAGUAUUGACUACAUAGAUCUUAUUAUUGUUAGUAAAAACAACAGCUAUAUAGAUCAAUUGUCUCUUCAUUUUAAGGUGUAUUAGUAAUUUGUUUUAGUGUUUUGGACAUCUUCUAA